GAUCCCCAUUAGCUGUUGCUAAUGCAGCAGUUACUCUUCUUGGGAUCCACACAAAACGUAAAACAUUACAUAAUAAAGAACAUUAAUAGACAAGAACAUCAUUAAAGGACAGACCUACAUAAAAGUAAUGAUAUCUAUAAUAAUAAUAAUAAUAUAAUAUGCCAUUUAGCAGACACUUAUAUCUACCCAUUGAUUCUUGAAGAAAAUCAUUUAGAAAUACCUCAUGAGCAAAGUACAACUGUCUUACCCCAUCAUAACCCCAAAUAUAAACUUGUGUUACUGUCAUUUGAGUCUUUGUACACAAAUGUACAGACUAAAAGAGUUGGUGUGUGCUUAUUUACUGUAUGUUUAUGUCCGUCUGUGGUUGUAGUAGGGAAAACGUACACCGGAGCCGCUCCUCCCAGGAGCUCAGCCACGGCCUCAACUGGGAGGAACUCUGGGACCCGUUCCUGCCACUCAAAGAUAUCCAGGCCCCUCCAUAUUUUGACCAGGACAAAUCCCCUCCAAAAAUAAAUAUUGAGUCCUCUGGGCCAGCAAGACAGUGUGUCCAGGAGGUAGAGGCACCAAAGGAACACCAGAGCUCCCUAAGCAGUGAGGGCUCCCCUUCUACCCCCACAGACAAGACUACUAGUCCACAGCAGGAAGAGCCUGCAGACACUGCCCAUCUUCAACAGGAAGUGCUCAGUCUGGCAGACCAGGUCAAGGCCCAGAAGGAUCUAGUAACUCUGUUGCAGAAGGCCCUGGAGGUGGCCCAGCAGGAAAAAUUGACUCCUGCAGUAGAGUCCCUGAGGUCGGAGGGCGAAGGGAAGAGUUCCCACUCACAACCAUGGAAUCAUGGCAAGUGCAACACAGAUCAUUCGUAUGGCCUGCAGGUGAUACCACUGCUGCGGCACGACUGUGUGGCCGAGUCUCAGGAUCACAUCCGGCUACUGGCUGAGAGAAACCAGGCUGAGAGAGAGUUGGUCCUCCGUCUGUCCCAACAGGUGGCUGAGUGUUUGGCAGACCCCCAGCGAAGCCCCGUCCACGGUUGGACCGUCACUGAAACGCAGGAGCAGCUGAGACAGGAGAUUAGGAAUCUUAAGGACGACAUUGAGACCUACAAGACUCAGAAUACUUACUUGAAUGCAGAGAUCUACCAGCUAACCAAAGUAUGGAGGCAGAGUUCAGAACAAGAGAAGUGCUUGAUGAUAAAGGAGACUGACGACCAUUGCAUUCAGCGACAUGAACCCGUUUCCUUUCAGACAGCUCCGUCAGAGAUGGGCCCUGCACCUUCAGUGUGUGCAUGUACAGUUGAGUGAGUUAGAGCGUAUCCAGAGGGAGCUGGGUAGAGAGCGACCCCAGCACAAGGACAGGGAGCUGGGGCUCGUUGCCAGCGAGGACGAGGGGGGCACAUGAGCUCUGGAUAAAAGGCUCUGGCCGGAUUCCAAUCAGAACUUUUGCCUCCUGUUACUCACUUAUCCCAGUAGAUAUUGACGGUUUUGUAAUUUCUUGUUUGAAGUUUUCAAUGUUCAUGUUCUAUUGUCACGUGCAUAAGUACAGUGAAAUGCCUUUCUUGCAAGCUCUUUCCCAACAAUGCAGUAAUCAAUAUCAGUAGUAUUAUAAACAUUUAGAGUAAAAACAGACGAGAACUAGAAAUAAGAACACGAGAAAGUAAGUAAGCUAUAAACAGGGUCAGUGCCAAUACCAUAUUU